AUGCCAAAAGAUUCAGUGUUCUCUCUACUUACACCUACCGGUAUGCCGACUAUCCUGACAGCUGAUCGAGCGACCCACAGCAGACAGAGACGUCUCCUCUCUCACACAUUCUCCGAAAAAGCUCUCCGCGAGCAGGGCGACAUCAUCGAAGGCUAUGUGAAUCGACUGAUGCCGCAAUUUUCAUCUCUCGCAGAUGGAGGAUCCAUCAAUGUUUCCGCAUGGUUCAACUAUUUUGCCAGCAUACGACGUAAUCCAGGACCUCUCCUUCGUCGAACCCUGCAGUUGCACGGAAACUGGCAUUCCAGACGUAUUCGUCUCCUCGCCUCCCGCCAUAUCCAAAUAGCUCAUCCUAUUCCAAAUGCUGACCUCACCUGGCCAAGUCGUUUCUUCAUGCUGCGAUCCGCCUCCGGUGUGCGCGCCCGAAACAUCAACCGAGUAGUAGACACCGUCACCAGACGCAUCGAGCUCGUCACCGACCGCAAGGACUUCCUCCAUUAUAUCCUCGCAGCUAUGGAGAGCGAUAAAGGCAUGACUCGCGACGAAAUCAACAUGAAUGCGUUCUCGUUCAGCAUUUCCGGAUCAGAGGAUACGGCUACCGCGCUCGCCGCGUUCGUGUUUUAA